AUGGCAAAAAGAUUUGAGAAACAUCAGAAUGAUGCUCUCGAGUUGGCGUUUGAAGAGUCGGUUCACCUAACCAAAGAGAAGAAGAUUGAGCUAGUGAGGGCUACAGGGCUGGAUAUGGAGCAAGUCACCAGCUGGUUCAACCGGAAAAAAGCACGCAAACGUGCUAGGGAGUCAAUAGGGGACUUGGAGCGAACCAAUGCAGAGCUCCAUCAAGCACUAAAAGAGAGCCAAGAAAAGGAAGCCAGGCUCCAAAGGGAGCUUCAAGAGAGCAGAGUUAGGGAAGCCGAGCUUGAAGCCAAAAACCAGCAAUUGAAGCAACGUCUAACAAUUAUUGAAGGUGAUGUACAGUUUGAUUCUGUACUUAAAUUUCUGAAGGGGCGUCCAUAG